UAUAUUGAAAAUAUAUAAAUAAAUGAGAGCCCUAAAAAUAAACAAAAAAGUGUACUGCCAAAAACCUCUUUCUCUCUCUCUCUCUCUCUCGAUCGCUUCGAGUACGGUGGAUCGACAAGGCGUCGUUGCUGAUCGGCUGAAUUUGGAGGGAAUUUCCGGUGCGAUAGUUGGAAGUUUGGGGAUUUUUGUUUGUGAUUGUGUUGGGGGGAUUGAAGAAUAAGAAAGAUGGGGCAUCACCGACCGACGACGAGGAGUAAGAAUAAGAGGAGUAGAACUGACGACAAUGCUGAGACCAGCUUCGAAAUUUUUAGGAAGAUUCUUUUAAAUGGAGAGGUAACUGAAGACCACGUAAAUCAGCUGUACAUGAUUUGGAAGCCUGUUUGUCAAGGAUGUCGAGUAAACACCAAGGACAACCCCAAUUGCUUUUGUGGGCUGAUCCCACCGCCCAAUGGAAGUAGAAAAUCUGGUUUGUGGCAGAAGACCUCUGAAAUUGUAAAUUCCCUUGGUCCUGAUCCAUCCCAUGAUCUCCGGGCAUCCUCCAACACACCGGCAGGACUAACAAAUCUUGGUGCAACUUGCUAUGCUAACAGCAUAUUGCAAUGCCUGUACAUGAAUAAAUCAUUUAGGGAAGGUGUUUUCUCUGUUGAACCUGAAGUUUUAGGUGGGGAGCCUGUUUUAAAUAACCUUCUAAGACUUUUUGCACAGCUGCAUUCUAGUAAGAUGGCCUUUGUGGAUUCAGCACCAUUUAUCCAGACCCUGGAACUAGAUAAUGGUGUUAAGCAGGACAGCCACGAGUUUCUCACCUUGCUCUUUUCUUUGCUUGAACGAUGCUUGAGCCAGUCGAAAGUCCCCAAGGCCAGAACUAUUGUACAAGACCUUUUCCGCGGAGGGGUCUCUCAUGUGACUAGGUGCUCAAAAUGUGGAAAUGAGUCUGAAGCUUCUUCAAAAAUUGAGGACUUCUAUGAACUGGAGUUGAAUGUUAAAGGUUUGAAGAGUCUAGAUGAGAGUUUGGAUGAUUACCUAAGCAUAGAGGAGCUUCAAGGAGACAAUCAAUAUUAUUGCGAUGCUUGUGCUACUCGGGUUGAUGCCACCCGUAGCAUUAAAUUGCGAUCGCUGCCUGCUGUGCUAAAUUUUCAGCUCAAGCGUUGUGUUUUCCUUCCAAAUACAACCACUAAGAAAAAGAUCACUUCAGUGUUUUCUUUUCCCGGAGAACUUAACAUGGCACGAAGGUUAUCUGAUUGUUCUGAAUUGGACUAUAUAUAUGAUUUGGCUGCUGUCUUGAUACAUAAGGGUUCUGCUGUCAACAGUGGGCACUAUACAGCCCAUAUAAAGGAUGAAAACAGUGGUGAGUGGUGGGAAUUUGAUGAUGAACAUGUCUCAAACUUGGGUCGACAGCCAUUUGGGUCUACUGUGUCAACUCCUGCUGCUAAAGGUGGGCAAAAUGGGCCAGUUGACUGCCCGUCAUCUACGAAACAGGUGGAUCUUGUUGUGGAGGGGAAUCAUGUAGAUACCAACGUGCUGCAAUCCUCAGAUUCAAAUGGUGUUAAUCAUGUACAAACAUUUUCGUCCAGUGAUGCAUAUAUGUUAAUGUAUGUUUGUCGAUCAAAGGUUUAUGGUGCAAAAAUUGCUGCACAGUCUGGUGAAGAUAAAAUGGAAAUAGAUGGUUCUGUAAUUUCACAAGAAAUUGAUAGUCCUCUUCCCUACCAUCUUUUGAAGGAUGUAGAUAUGCUUAACUCAAUAUUCCUUGAUUCCUGUGAACAAUACAAGUUAAAAAAGGAAUUUGAGCUAAGUUGCAUUAUGAAGCGGCGGCAUGAGGUGCGUUCUAUCCUUUCUGAAGCUCCAGUUCUGUCUCUUGAGAAGCCAUACUUCUGGAUUUCUACUGAGUGGCUGCGACAAUGGGCAGACAGUGUGACUCCAUUGACUAUAGACAACACCUCUAUACAGUGCUUCCAUGGCAAGGUGCCAGUUUCAAAGAUUAACUACAUGAAACGUUUGUCAGCUGAAGCAUGGACUGCAUUAACUUCCAAGUACGAUGGAGGUCCAACAUUGGCCAAGGAUGCCUAUUGCAUUGAUUGCAUCUUUGAGAUGGGUCGCAAUGUGGUGCGUGCACAUAUUUAUAGGGACCAGAGAUCAUUGAUGAAAGAACUUGCAGAAGCAGCACUAGCUGGGGAGCCUUUAGAUGGCAAGUUGUACUAUAUAUCUAAGUCGUGGUUGCAGCAGUGGCUGCGUAGGAAGAACAUAGACUUACCAUGUGAUGCUGAUUCUGGACCAACAGCUUCACUUAGAUGUCCCCAUGGGGAACUCAUGCCUGAACUAGCUCCUGGUGCUAAACGUGUGCUGGUGCCUGAAACUCUUUGGGAUUUUAUACAUCAAACUGCUAUGACAGUGAAGCCUGAUGACCCUGUGGGCUGUUCAGCUUUCCCCUCCGACUCUGAGCCAUGUGCUUUAUGCAGUGUUGAACUUACAGAAGCUGCAUCCUCAGAAGACAAUUUAAGAGAGUUCAAGUUGAAGCAGAGGCAGAGUCAUGAAAAAUUAGCCAUGAAUAAAAAUAUAGCUCUUUAUCCGGAUACCAAAUACUAUUUAUUGCCCUCAUCCUGGCUUGCAAAAUGGAGAAGUUAUGUGAAUUCCAGUGGAAAAAAUGCUUAUUCUGCGGACCUUGAUACUCUGAAUGCUGUUGUUGAUGUGCUGCUAUGUGAAAAGCACUGUAAACUACUUGAGAAGCCUCCGGAGCUUGUCUGGAAGCGUGAACUUAUUUUUCAAAAGUCAGCCACUACAGGUGGACUGACACUCAUUGCUGAGGAUGAUUGGCGGUUGCUCUGUGAAGAAUGGGGUGGUACAGAGUCAAAAUGUAUUUCUGCCAGAAUCGAGAUCAAUAAUGCUGUGGAAGAUAAUAUUAUUGGGUCUUACCCAGAUAUGCCCAUUUCUGAGGAGCAAUUAAGUAUGUCUGAUGAAGUUAAUGUCAGCUUGUCCAGAAGAGCUAUUGUUAAGACUUCUCCUCAGGUUUGUGAAGAGUGUAUUGGUGAAAGGGAAAGCUCUGAAUUGAUGAAGAAACUUAAUUAUACCAACGAGGACAUAUGUGUUUGUUUAAUUCGUGGAAAGGAACCUCCAAAAUCGAUCUUGGAUGCUUCAGGUAGCAUUUCAGAUCCAAGCCGCCGAACAUCCAAGCGGUCAAAGAAGGCAACUUAUGGGAACUCUGUAAAUUUGAAUGUUUCUGGAUCGACAUCCAUUUACCAGCUGAAAAUGAUGAUAUGGGAAUCAUUUGGGGUUGUUAAGGAAAACCAGGUACUCCACAAAGGUCCCAACAUAAUCGAUGGGGAAACAGCUUGUCUUGCUGAUGUGAAUAUUUUUCCUGGAGACAUCCUAUGGGUGACUGAUUCUAAGAUUCAUGAGAAUCGUGAUAUUGCUGAUGAGCUUUUGGACCCAAAUUUGGACUUGCAAAAGGCAGAAGAGGGUUUUCGUGGUACACUUCUGGCAUCAACAAUUUCAUCCCAGGCCAUCUCUGAAGCAUGUUCAAACUAAUGGGAACAUGGAUCUGUUGUUACUUUGGGAUCUAGACGUAAAGAACAUUUUGCCAUCAUUUUGAAGGUUUUACAAGCUUCACGAAGUGUGAUGGAAGUCAAGAAAUACGGUAUUCAGUAAUUAUGCUAAACCUUAGUAGGUGCAGAUGUAAUUUACCCUUAAGAUUAAUACCAUAUUUGGCUUCUGUAAUUUGUAAUCUGUCAACGUCCAUCCGGGGGGAAAAGAAAAAAUGCUCUUGUAGGCUUUCUGCACUUUUAAAUGGAAAGUGUAUCGUCUUAAUGGUUAGAUUGCUAGGCGUUCAUGCAUAUCACAUUCUCUUUUAUGGUAAUAAUAUUACAUUGUGGAAUCUUUCUACAAGUUUUAGACAUGCAAUUAUGACUAACCUGUGCUUGAUUUAAUCUGAUCAGUUGCAGGUUGUAUUACCUUUAAGAUUUAUGAGUUUUAUGUUGUAUACUUUUUGCCUUGGCCUUUUCUGGUUAUUUUAACACUGUUUUUGUUGAAAGCUGAUGAGUCAUCAUAUAAUUGACCAUGGCUUAAUCCUUGAGAUUAUGUAAUCUUCCAAAAGACAUCUGGAAUAUGUAAAGAGGGUUUUUAGUUGGAAUAGCUCACAGUUUUAUUAGGAAUACGGGCUUAUGUAAAUUAAAGAUUGACAGUCUUGUUUAAACCUGGCUUAUACUGCUUCUAAGAAUUGUAAAGAUUUUGGACGCACUGCUUUCUCCUUUUCAGACGAUUGCUGGCUGGAAACAGCACACUGUAUGCAGGAAAGUUUUAGAUAGAGCUGACUUGAGACCUAUUGAACUGGAGGAUUACUCUUUACUUAUCUUGAUCCUUCUAGCAGGGCUUACUAUCAGAAGAUAAUUUUAUAGUGAAAAUUGAAGGCUUAUGCAUCGAGAUAAAUACCAAUCAAACGUCUCAAUGUAUCGAGACCUUCAAUUUGUCCCAUCUCAAGAUAGCAUCCACAAUAGGUGCAUCUAUGGUAUCUGUCUGAAUGAAUUGAGGCUAUACAGUCAAACUUUUAAUAUGUUUACCUUAGCAAAAUGAUAUCCUUAAUGUCUCUGCUGAGUUGUGUAUGGCCUAAGUUUAUGUUUCCC